GACAUUUGUCUUUUGUUUACAUUUUGAAAUGUUAGCAAAAUGCACGCAAAGUUGACAAAAAUAAGCGAAUUACGUGAGCUAAAAUCACUGCAAGAGCUAUAUCUUAAGGAUUGGCCCAAGCAUUGUGUGGGCUACUUUUGGCUCGACAAUUAUAUAAGAUGGCAGAAGAAAGUUACGUUAAAACACUUGACAUUCUACACGUUACAGAAUGAUUGGCGAAGCGAUGGUUUGUUUAUUUUAGUACAUCGCUAUCAGUUGUUCUUUAGCAAUCUGAGCAGGGAAAAAACACCGCAGCUGCGGGAAGCUUUGGAGUUAUUGGAUUGGUCCGUGGGCUACAAGGUGAGUGCCAUACACGAGACGCACAAUAAUGUCUAUAAGCAGUUAAUCGUGGAGCGACAGCUAUGCUUGGAACGCGAAAUGAACACCAAGUUUUAUAGCAUGCCCUGCGAAAAGGCAAAGCUAAUGAAGAUUAGUUGCCCAUCGGGCUAUUACCUGGACAAAGUGCGUCUGGAGCAUGCAGUGCUUAUCAAUGAACUGUGGCCAGCACGUCAUGCUGGCUCGCUAAAGCUAAUUGAGCUGCUCAUAGAGCACAAUACAAGCGUUGGACUUUAUGAACAGGAAACGGGACAACUUUGUGCUUGGUGCCUAAGAUUGCAAAGUGGCUUUUUGGGCGCAUUGCAGGUGCUAGAGACGCAUCAACGACGCGGCUUUGCUGCAGUAGUGGCUGCUGCUAUAAGCCAAAAGAUUGCCAAGGAGUUGGAACAGGAUGUUACAGCGCUUGUAAGCAUGGAUAAUGCGCCAGCUGCCAGAGUCUUUGAGAAAUUGCAUUUUACACUUAACGCAGGCGAGCAUUACUAUUGGAGCAUGUGUCUGCCACAUAAAGGCGAUACAAUCAACUGGCCUGAUAAGCAAUAAAAAAAGCGUGAUAAUAAAG